GGAACUCGGCAUCAGGCACUGCUUGGGGCAGGAGGAGAGUAGGGGAAACCAAGGAAGAGAACAGAAAGGUAGGGCACAGGGAGCUGAGCCCAGCUGCACUCAUCCCCGCCCCCGGAAACCCCCGCAGCUCCCGCCCCAACCAGCCCCUCUGGCGCCUGGCAUAAGGUAGCCCCCGGAGGCAAUGAGGGCCAGCAGGAGUCUCGCGCGCCUGCGACGCGGGUAAGCACCAGCCACAAAAACCUACAAAAGAAGGGAAAUUACUGUCUUUAAAUAUUAAAAAAAAACAAGAUCCAUGAGUGGGCAUCGAUCAACAAGGAAAAGAUGUGGAGAUUCUCACCCGGAGUCCCCAGUGGGCUUCGGGCAUAUGAGUACUACAGGAUGUGUAUUAAAUAAAUUGUUUCAGUUACCAACACCACCAUUGUCAAGACACCAACUAAAGCGGCUAGAAGAACACAGAUAUCAAAGUGCUGGACGGUCCCUGCUUGAGCCCUUAAUGCAAGGGUAUUGGGAAUGGCUCGUUAGAAGAGUUCCCUCCUGGAUUGCCCCAAAUCUCAUCACCAUCAUUGGACUGUCAAUAAACAUCUGUACAACUAUUUUAUUAGUCUUCUACUGCCCUACAGCUACAGAGCAGGCACCUCUGUGGGCAUAUAUUGCUUGUGCCUGUGGCCUUUUCAUUUACCAGUCUUUGGAUGCUAUUGAUGGGAAACAGGCAAGAAGAACCAAUAGUAGUUCUCCUCUGGGAGAACUUUUUGAUCAUGGUUGUGAUUCACUAUCAACAGUUUUUGUGGUUCUUGGAACUUGUAUUGCAGUGCAGCUGGGGACAAACCCUGAUUGGAUGUUUUUUUGUUGUUUUGCGGGGACAUUUAUGUUCUAUUGUGCACACUGGCAAACGUAUGUUUCUGGAACAUUGCGAUUUGGAAUAAUUGAUGUGACUGAAGUGCAAAUCUUCAUAAUAAUCAUGCAUUUGCUGGCAGUGAUUGGAGGACCACCUUUUUGGCAAUCUAUGAUUCCAGUGCUGAAUAUUCAAAUGAAAAUUUUUCCUGCACUUUGUACUGUAGCAGGGACCAUAUUUUCCUGUACAAAUUACUUCCGUGUAAUCUUCACAGGUGGUGUUGGCAAAAAUGGAUCAACAAUAGCAGGAACAAGUGUCCUUUCUCCUUUUCUCCAUAUUGGAUCAGUGAUUACAUUAGCUGCAAUGAUCUACAAGAAAUCUGCAGUUCAGCUUUUUGAAAAGCAUCCCUGUCUUUAUAUACUGACAUUUGGUUUUGUGUCUGCUAAAAUCACUAAUAAGCUUGUGGUUGCACACAUGACGAAAAGUGAAAUGCAUUUGCAUGACACAGCAUUCAUAGGUCCGGCACUUUUGUUUCUGGACCAGUAUUUUAACAGCUUUAUUGAUGAAUAUAUUGUACUUUGGAUUGCCCUGGUUUUCUCUUUCUUUGAUUUGAUCCGCUACUGUGUCAGUGUUUGCAAUCAGAUUGCGUCUCACCUGCACAUACAUGUCUUCAGAAUCAAGGUCUCUACAGCUCAUUCUAAUCAUCAUUAAUGAUGUAAUUGGUAUAUAGGAACAUCAUGUUUUCUGCAGGAAAGAAUCUGAACAUAUUAAGGAGAAUGGGGGUGGAUAAGAACAAAUAUAAUUUAUAAUAAUCAAUGUUGUAUAACUUUUAUUCUUUAUUAUUGGUAACACUCCCUAACUAUCCUGUGUGAGAAUGGGAAUUUCAAGUCCCAUCUUGUAAAUUGUAUAUGUUGUCAUGCAGGGUUUGGGCCAAGAAAGCAUGCAGAAAAAAAUGCCACGUGAUUGUAAUUAUCCUGGAUUCAGAAUAAUACUGUGAUGGGGAGCCAGAUCCACAGUGGUGGAGAGUUCUAAUGUUGACUGUUUGCAGGCCAAAAGAUGAUUGCUUUAUAAUUUUAACAAAUCAUUGUCUUUUAGUAACAUCCUUGUUUAGUGUCUUCUCAAGCUUUCUUUACUGAGGAAUUCAGCUUGUGACACAGAUACAUCCCACUAGCUUGUGAGGUGGAACUAGUAAUAAAGACCUUGAAUUUGGAUUGAAAGUUUUCCUAUCUUUACAUUGUUGAGGAAGUCCUUUUUUUUUUUUUUUUUUUUUUUUUUUUUUUUUUUAUAAUUGCUCAAGAAAUGAUUCUCUCACAGGCUUGAGAAAUCCUGUUAGCAUGCAGAAUAAUGUGGUAACUUUGUCAAUUUCCCAUUUUAUUUUUUUAAAUAAAUAUAUGAUCUGAAAGCCAACUUUUUCUCAGUUUUACUCAGUGGAAAGAUAAACUAAGUUUUAAUGUUAUUUUUUUAAAUUUAAGCAAAAUUUAUUUCUGUUCUUUAAUAAAUAAGAAAAUGUGGUCCACUGCA